AUGUCUACAGAAGCUCCCCACCCCCGCGUUGGCGUCGCCGCCCUCAUCUACAACCGUGAAGGCAGGUUUCUCACUGGAAAGCGGAUAGGGAGCACCCUUCAGUUACCAGGUGGCCAUCUCGAGUACGGCGAGAGCUUUCUCACGUGCGCAGAGCGAGAAACCCUUGAGGAAACAGGCCUCAAGGUCAAGGCUCUCCAGCAUAUCGCCACUACUAACGAUGUAUUUGAGACAGAGAAGAAGCACUACAUCACAAUUUUUGUGUCCUGCCAGAUGGUCAAUGAGGGUGACCAACCCCAGAUCCUUGAACCGCAGAAGUGCGAGGGCUGGUACUGGAAGUCAUGGGACGAUCUCAAGAAGAUUCAUGCUACGGAAAAUAAUGGGGAAAAGUUGUUUUUGCCUUUGAUCAAUCUGUUGGGGACAGCGGAUUUGGAAGAUUUGAAGCUCAAGAUGUAG